UCCCGUUCAGAGCGCAGCUAUGAGCUGAACAGCGGUGCGGGACUCUUGCUGCGCGCGCUCACUGUCCAACUGGACAUGAAGCUGCCCUUCUGACACUACCGGACACUCGCGCGCAGUUUUUCUCUAGUUUUUACCUUCUUUGGAGGCGGAGCGGCGGCUCCGUAGAGGAGUUGACGCGCGCGUGUUGCCCGGAUGCCGCCUCACCUGCACCUGCUGCGCCCGCGAUGAUCGGCGCGUGACUCGUUUUACAGCGCAGCAGAGCGCCGGCGCCGUCAGCGCGCGCGCACCCAUUCCACACACCCCGCGCGUGAGGAGUGUGCGUGCGUGUGUGAGAAGGAGAGAGAGGGAGAGAGAGGGAGAGAGAGAGCACCAUGGACAGCGCGGUGGCCCUCUGUAUGCUGGGGUGGGUGCUGCUGGCCCCCGCACUGCUGGCGGAGCAGGAGGUGGAGAACCUGUCCGGACUGUCCCCGAACCCGGACAGAGACAUCUUCGUGGUGCGGGAGAACGGAACCACGUGCCUGAUGGCCGAAUUCGCCGUUAAAUUUCUCAUCCCGUACGACGUGCUCGCGCUCAACGGCAUAGACCUCAUCACGGAGCAGGCUUCUCUCGCGAUCCCACGCGGCGCGCGCAUUGAGGGCUCGUGCGGCAGUACUGAGGCCGAGCUUCACAUCUCCUGGUUAAACGGCGCCUACACGUUCCGCAUCUACUUCAGCAAGGAGAAGCAUACUAUGGGCAGUGAUGGAAAGGCGAAGGAAACUGAAGUGUGGAAGAUCAAUAAGGUCCAGUUGGUGUACGACAACUCGGACACAUCACACUUCAUUAACGCAUACAACCCGGGGAAACACACAGCCAGCACCCACCGUCUCUCAGCGCUGGUCACUCCAGCGGGUCGGUCCUAUGUGUGCGCAGCUCAGCAGACCCUUACCCUCAUUUCCAGUGACCACCAGAAGGGUAUCACAGUUUACAUGUCCGACCUCCAGAUCCAGCCUUUUGACAUCAAAAGCGACUUCGUUUUCAGUGAACCGUAUAAGUGCAUCACGGAUCAGCGGGAGCGGCUGGAAGAGACUCUGCCGCUGGUCUUGGGUCUCAUCCUGGGUCUCAUCAUUGUGAUCACCAUCACCGUCUACCACUUCCACCUCAAACUGACCGCAAACCAGCCCCAGCUGCCCCGGGACCGCUCCCUCUACAAGAACAUGUAAAGACUUUCUAUGCACCGUGGUCCAUGCCUACUGUCAGGGUAACGGGCCAGUACUUGCAAACACUACACCUCGCUGUCCCAAGACCUUAUGAGCUUCCCCAGCUUUUACAUCUACUGCCUGAUGUUUUGAUCCCUGCGUCUCCCAUUUGGGUCCAUUUCUCGUUUUCUGUUUGUAGGUUUAUUUAUGAUUUUGCACAUGUGUAAUGAAAAAUAUGUACAAACCAAACAAAUCAUUGCUAUAUUUGACACAUAGAUUGAAUAUUUCAUAUCGUGUGCCAUACCAAUGUCAAUCAGUGUUAAGUGUGCCAAACUAAAGAUAUUACAGUUCUAUUAUGAAGAUUCUGAAGCUAUACAAUUAAGCUAUUUUAAGAUUAACAUGCCAUAUGACUGAUGCAAUGAAGAGUUAAACAACAUGCAACAUUUUGUGUGCAAAAUGAUAUUCAACAAUAAAUUAUUUUAAGUGUG